AUGGAGUUGUCAUUCAUAGGGUAUGAAGCUUUCAGCUUAGUAUUGCUUCUCUUCAUCUCCAUGAUAUGGUACAUACAACACAGGAAGGAAGUUCUAACCCAAUGGCCAUUGCUUGGUUCGUUCCCCUCCCUCCUGCAUCACAUUCACCACGUCAAUGAAUGGUCAGUGGAGGUUUUCCUCAAGCAUUGCACCGGCUCCGUCGUCUUGAAGGGUCCCAUCUACUCAAAACUCGAGUACCUGGCGACUUGCCAUCCCAACAACCUCGAGUACAUGCUCAAGAGCAACUUCGUCAACUAUCCUAAAGGCCCGGAUUACAAGGAGAAGUUAGACAUCCUUGGCGAUGGAAUAUUCAACAUAGAUUUUGGGUUGUGGUUAGAACAGAGGAAGAUAGCUCACUCAUGUUUCAGGUCUUACGACUUCCGAAGCUUCAUUGCAGAUACGAACAGGAAGGUAAUCGGGGACAAGCUUGUUCCUCUGGUAGCUCAUAUGGCCAGGCAAGGGUGUACGUUUGAUUUGCAAGAUUUGUUUCUGAGAUUCACAUUCGAUACCAUCAUGAUUAUCUUAUUUGGAAGAGACCCAGAAUGUGUUUCCUUGAAAUUUCAUCCCAACAAGUAUGCCCAAGCCAUGGAUGAUGCACUUGAAGCUGCCCUUUAUAGGUUCGCAAUGCCCAACUCGCUUUGGAAAUUCAUGCGUUUAUUGAAGAUUGGAACAGAGAAGAAAUUGGCCGACGCAUGGGAAACUCUGGAUCUUAUGAUGUCAGAAAGCAUUUCUCUAACAAGAGAAGAUAUUCUUAAAGGAGUAGAAGGACAUAAUCUGCUCUAUAUGUACCUGAAAUCUCAAAGAGUAGAAAGAAAUGAUCUGUCCAAGAGUGGUGAGAAGUUUGUUAGAGAUAACAUGCUCAACUUCAUCUUCGCGGGAAGAGAUACAACGGCUUCGGGUCUCAGUUGGUUCUUUUGGCUGGUUGCCAAACACCCUCAUGUGGAAGCAAAGAUCUUGCAGGAAUUAAGGCUUGCUUGCAUGAAGAAGGUCAGAAACAAGUGGCCAUGUGUGUUUGAUUCAGACGAUCUCAGAUCCUUAACGUACUUGCACGCAGCGGUCUGUGAAUCACUACGGCUGUAUCCUCCGCUUCCUCUAAAUAGCAAGGGAGCUGUUAAAGAAGAAAUCCUCCCUGACGGAAGCAUCACUCGACCCGGGAUGCAGAUCAUACUCUGCUUUUAUGCUGUUGCAAGGAUGCCAUGGGUUUGGGGGGACGAUUGUUCAGAGUUCAAACCAGAGAGAUGGAUUUCUGAAGAUGGGACCUUGGACAAUCAACAGAUGUCCAAGUUUUUCACUUUCAGUCUUGGGCCCAGAACUUGCAUAGGGAAGGAAACAGCAAUCAACCAGAUUAAGUUGACUGCUGCAGCUCUUCUCUACAACUUCCAUGUUCAAGUCUUGGACAGUCAGUCGGUUUCCAUAAAGCCAUCUCUUGUCCUUCAUAUGAAGAAUGGGCUCUUGGUCAAUAUAAAAGAAAGAGUAAAUUGGUGA